GUUUGAAUGGAAAGAAAUGCCACCUGACGCUCUGACAUGUCUCAGAAGCUCAUUAAUAAGUACUUUAUUGUAUUUUCAUAGCUUGGAAUGAUUUAUUUUCUUUUAGUAAUCUUCAUAGUGACAUUCAAAAUACGGUAGAACUUCCCUCUUAUAUUGAUGUUGUAAUGUAUUAGUCCCUCCAAAGAACAAUGUUUUGCGAAAUGGCUUCGAUUCUUUCUUAAUUUUAAUACAAAAUGUAACUAUGUAAUUGAAUGAACAAGUAUUUCAUUUAUUUUUACCUUCUCGUAAAAUAACUAAUGCAACUGCUAUCUGUUGACCAAUUGUUCAACUCGAGUUGUUUUGGACUGGAUAUGAAGCCACAGGUUCCACAAUACUACGUUGGUAGCGUUCUUUACAGUGAAGUAUUGUUAUAUAACAAAUGUUUAUUUAAAAAAUAAUAUAUGAGUGAGCCCAAUAAUCAUCUGUUGAAGGUGUUCUUAAAAGUGAGCUGAUUAAAAUCAUUCUGGCUUUUGUUAAUAUUGAUGGGUCGAGAUAAACAGGCUAUUCGUUUAACAAGCCUGUCAAUUUUGGUUAUUGGUUUCUAUGUGAGUUUCCUUGUUUGAUGUGUUAUGUGCUUAAAAUUUGGUAAUUGGAAAACCGCUUGGCAAACAAGCAGCUUGAGACACCAAAGAAACAAAAAAAAAAUAAUCUAAAUGGCCUCAUCAGAUAGAAUAUUUAGAAUUUUAGAUAUUUGUUCAUAGAACAUUGGAGCCUACAAACUUGUGACCAUUUCUUUAAAUGAACAUACCAUUAAAAUGUCUGAUGAUGUGGACCUCUAUGAUGAUCUACCAGAACUGAAUUUUCAAGAAUCAAUUUCUAAGAUAGAUGAAGAGAGGAAACUUUUCAAAACACAAUUAGAUGAAAAAGAAGCUGAUUUACUUAAAACAAAAGAAAGGAUUGCUCACUUAGAAAAAGAAAACAAAAUCUUAGAGAAAAAUAUUUCUUCUUUGUAUCAAACCGCUGUUAAUGAAAUAAAAAGGAAGGAUCAAUUAAUUGAGGAGUUAAGGAGAGAAAAAGAUUUCUUAAUUUUUCGAAGAAAGGAUAGACAGAAUCCCAAUAAACCUUCUGCAGAAGCUUUGGACUCUAGUCUGCCUGCCAAACACCUCAUCACUUCAGUGAAAUCAACAAAUUCAACACUUUCCCCACCUUUGGAAAAGAAAUCCUUAGUGCCUUCUUGUAAGGUUGAAUCUUCUCCAGAUAUCUCAUGUGAUUAUAAAAGAUUCGUUGAGUGCUCCUCCAGUUCUCUUGUGUCUGAGCCUGUGCAACCAGAGAAUAGAGAUUCUCACGGUAGGGUUAAUGAUGUUUCUGAUUGUAUUUCCCAAGUAAAUAAUAAAAUCUCUGAAAUUAACUCAUCAGAGAAAAGUUGUGAAAAUAACUCUUCAGAAAUCAGUUACACAUUACCUGAUAAACUAUCUUCUGAUUCUUCUCAUACAUCAUCUAAUGUAACUCAUGGGUCUACUUCCAAAGAAAUCGUAUCGACUUCCAAAGAAAGGGUAUCGACUAAAAUUGCAAAACAACCAUAUUCUGAAGAGAGAAGAGGGAGGCAAAAUUAUGAAUUUUCUGAUAAAUAUUAUCCAAGAAAUGGGGAAAGGUCAUCUUACUACAAUUACAGGUCACCAAAGUUACCCGUUGAAAGAAGCAGAUAUGAUAGAUCAUGGGAUCGUAAUAGUGAUAGAAAAUAUAGCAAAGGCUCGUAUAAAGAAAUUAAUUUUCAAAUGCAUAAAUAUAGAAUGGGAACAUGUGAUGAGUUUAGAAGAAAGCAUCCAUUUCAUUCAAGGAGAAGUCCUAGUCCCCCACAGCAUUCAAGAAGGUAUUCUGACAGAAGACGCUCCACUUCAAAAGCUAGAACUCUGUCAGAUAACAUGCGGAUGGCUACUCAAUUGAAAUCCAAAUAUUCAAAAGCAAUGCGUGAAAGAAGUGUUUCUCGUACACCAAUGAAACAUCAGAAAUUGUAUCAGCAAAAAAUAGAAUUGAAAUCGAAUUGUAAACCUGUAGAGUUACAAAACACUGUUUUCCCUAAUGUGAACUUGGAAGACAGGUUUGUUACUGAAGGGCAUGAAUAUGAGAAGAAAUUAAGUAGUAAAGAACAGACUACUGAAAAGUUCGUAAAUAUAGAUAAAUGUAAUUUCAUUCAAAGCAAAGAAAAUAAUUCAGAGUCUUCAGAAAAAUCGUGCCAAAAAGGUAAGACUGAAAAAGUAGAGAGAAAUGAAAUAUCAGAAGAAAAACAGUGUUCAUUAAUACCAAUGAAAACUGAUAUUGCUGAACACAGUAGCUCUGCUCAAAGCAAAAGAUGUAGCAGUGAGGUUUAUCGAAAUGAAUCAUUUGAAACUGAAAGAGAAGUUAAUUUAACAAAUCAUAAAGAUAAUGAUUGUGAAAAGUUACCCUCACAACAAUUAAGAACGCCACCUAGUAAGAAUCUCAUUCCAUUGAAAAUCUCCCCUUCCUUUGAAGAUCCUGCCAUUGUGAAAGAUAAAAAUUUUUCAUUUUGUGUAUUCAAUGAACAGUGUGACUUUAAGAGACCAAAGCGUAGAAGAUCUGUGAAAUUGCUGGUGUCUAAAGCAAGUGACUUAAUAGUUUCUGAAAGCUGUGAGAAAGAUAAGAGUAUUUUUGAUGUUGAUAAUUGUGAAAGUGGUAUUGCCAUGGGACAAAAUAUCGAUUUGUGUCCUCAAAGUAGUAAAGAUAUCUUAGAAAAAAGUGCAUUUGAUGAAAAGAGGAGUCCGAAGAAGAGAAAAUUAGAUUCCAUAUGUGAUGAAUUGAAAGCUAAUCUUGAAAAGAAGUGUGUGAUGAGUCGAGUAGAAUUGAUAUCUGAUGGCAGCACUAAUAUUCUCCCUAAUGUUAAUGAGCAAAUAAGUUUAUUCAGUACUUCCGUUAAGGAAGAUGAACAAUCUAAAAUAGUGAAUAAGAUUUCUAAUUGCAGUACCGUGAAUAGUAACUCAGUUAAUUCUAUUGAAACUCCUGAACGUAUUGUAAUUUCUAAAAGAAGAAGAAGAAAAGUUUGUAAUUUACAGGAUAAUGUUGUUCAAGUUAUAUCACAAGUUAAAUCAAGAUUGUCAUGAUAAUACUCAUGAACAUAGUGAGAGUAAGAAUUUGAAGCGGGAAUUAUGUGUACUGUUUUCUGAGCUUUAAAGUUUGUAAUUUUUCCUCACUGUUUUUGUACCUGAAAGAUUACAUGUUGGCAAUAUGUACAAAUGACUCCUUUGUAAAAAUGUUAAUAUAUGAAAUAAUUUAUUUAUUUUGUAACAUUUCUUGAAUGAUUUAAUAUUUUCACAUAAAAAAAUACCAAAAUAAAGCAUUUCCCUAGUAGAAAAUUUUGUCACACAUUCAUAGAGAGUAAAUGUGCUGUGCCUUAUUCCCGGGGGCUGCAUAUACCUCAGUUUCUUAUUUUAUUGUUUCUGUGAAAAAAGAAGCUGAAUUAACAGAUUGUAGCAAGGGAAUCAAAAGAAAGAAUAGAAACAGUCUUCUGUACUGCUUCUUUUCACUUUUGAAUUUUAAUGAUUGAAACUCAAAAAUGUACCCAUAAACAACCACAUCAACCAAUUCAUUCUUUUCUAAAAUUAACCUAACUACAUUACAUAUAUUUCUUAAAAGUAUUGGG